AGGCCGACUGGUCUAGAAUGCCGGCACAGGGAACAUGCCUACCCCUGCCGCUCCACUGAUCCGAGAUCGGCCUUCGAGGGUACGACACUUCGUGCUCAAGGGGACAUCGGUGAGGAUCCGAGGCUACGACGUUCCCUGGGAGAAGAACGACGUCGGGAAGAUACCUGUUUUCUACGGCGGACUGCUGGGUCCCCCGACAGAAUCUUGGAUGCUAUACCGUGAUCAAAGGGAGUGGCGAAGGAGCGCAUGGGGACUAGCGCAGAUUGCGCUAUUGGGCGCCGCGGCAGAGGAAAAACUCUUCCAAACUUCCGGCCAGGGGGAACGUUUCACCCUCAGACCGACAACUCGCUCUUCCGUUCCUUUCCAGUGGGUACAUGUAGGCCCCGGCGCCAUUCCUGAUACACUUGCCGACCUUUCAUGCGCCACCAUGAGCAUCGCAGAUCUCCUUCACAAUCUCAAUACCGUCCUUGGUGCAAAUCAUCUGCUGGGUACGGAAGGCAUCGAUGACUUGCUCGAGGAGAUUAGAAGAACGUCGCACGAUUUUGGAGAAGCUUAUGGCAAAGUGCGAGCCUGGUGGACGGGGCCGGAGCUUGGUAGAAUGGGGAGGAGGCUAUAUGCGAUGCUACGCGAACACGAAGCGGACGACGAGGCCUUCCGACAGCAGGUCACCCAAGGAUUCGCUCUUCAAAAGUCAGGCGUACGUCCAAGGCGUGUCUGGGACCUGUACAGCAACCGCGUCCUACCAACUGCCACGGUUCCAGAGUAUAAAUAUGAUCGCAGCCCGCGAAGCCUACCUUACCAGCUGUGGACUGUGUCCCAUAGCUGGGUGGCCGAAGAAGAGCAGGAGAAUAUCUGGACACCUGUCAACAACAACCAAUGGCCUGUGCCUCUACCGCGCGCUACGAGCUUGGGGCACGUCCGUGUCGAGCUGCUGAACAUGGGCGCCGAGUACGUCUGGCUCGAUGUGCUGUGUCUAAGGCAGCAAGGUCGCAAGGAGGACGAGGCCCAGCGGAUUGAAGAAUGGAAGAUCGACGUGCCCACGAUUGGAUAUAUUUAUCAAGGUGAUCCAGAUGAUAAACGUCGGCCGUGUAUCACAUAUUUCAACGGCCUCGGGCUCCCUCUCGACACGUCGCCAAACACUUUGGCGUCCGGUAGACACUGGUUCAACCGUGUAUGGACGCGGCAGGAGACCUUAUUAUCCUGGCUGCCCGGAGGUCUGACAGGGGAGCCGCUUACCGACGGAGAGGAAUUCUUUUCCCGCUUGAGGGCCCUUACUGAGCAAGCCGAUGCACAGAGCGAAGGUCUUGCAAAAGAGCUAAUGGGCCGUAGCUGCACCAAAGAGCUGGACAGGAUCGCCGGCCUCGCGUACUGUCUGCGGUGCCCCACCUUACCACUCUACAACGAGGCGGUCCCGGUGGAGCGUGCAUGGGAGCUUCUUUUGAAACACGUGCCCGAUGGUUGGCGUACGGACGUAUUCCUCCGCAACCCGGCAGACACACCUUUCGCACUCUUUCCUUCAUGGAGAGGAUAUGGGACCGCCGGACCCGCCCUCUAUGGCACAUUGCUCGACGGAUUGAACCCCCUGCAGCUGGUGGACCAGUCUCAACUUUACACCGGCGACCCAGGACAAUAUUAUCAUAUCGCAGAUUUCGUUGGACCCUGCCGGAUUACGUGCACUAGCCACAGUACGACAACGGAAAACUGGCCGCCGGGAGCGCUCAGGCUUCGUCUUGACGUCAAGGGCGCAUCGACCUUUACGUUGGUGCCCGAGGGCAUACACGGCGUGGUCCUACAGGAUGCGGUCUACACUUUGAUUCGGUUUCGCGGGUACUACAGAGAGGAGGAGUGUUGGGUCAUAGCGGAGAUUAUUGAAGAUCGGGAUGCUCGAGGAUUCGAACGUCCCGCCGUCAAAGCAGUGAAGUGGGCCGUCAUGCGCAUUAUUCCGGACUACCGGUCAAAAUCGUCACGGAAGACCAAUUGGACCCCAGUCGAUUACUGGGCUAAAGUGUGGCGGAAUAGCAAGCAGGGAAAUGUAAUGUACAUAACUGGAGAGGAGGCGCAGCAACGGACGAAGUACAAGGAUCAGUAUAUAGCAGCAUUCGAGAAGAUUAGAGCACUUGGAAAGACGUUUAUCAUUACCUAGCUACCCUAUUAUAUUCCGGCAUUGUGGUGGCGCAAUAAAACAACUGUCUACAACCGG